GUGUAGGAGAUGAAGUUGUGAAGAGAAGAGGGGAGAAGAGACAACUCAGCUGUGGGAAGAGGAAACUUUGAAGAUGUCAGAGGAAGACAGGUAUUGGACAGGAUUUCCUUCCAACAGGCACCAGUUUUUCAAGAUAAUGAUUGGUGAUUUUAGAAAUCAACUGAGGAUUCCCAGAAAAUUUGUGAGAAAAUUUAAGGGUAAUUUGUCAGACACCAUAAACCUCAGAGGUCCAAGUCGAUUUGUGUGGACUGUCAAACUCGCAAGAACAGUUGAUGAUGUUUUUUUACAAAAUGGUUGGGAAAUUUUUGCAAGAGACCACAGUUUGGAAGAAAAUGAUUUCCUUGUCUUUCGCUAUGACGAAAACUCAACUUUCAAUGUUGUGAUAUUUGAUAAAAGUGCCUGUGAAAGAGAAGCCUCAUAUUUUGUCAAGAGUGCUGCUUCAAAUGGCUGCUUUGUAUCCAAGAAGAAGGGUAGAAAGGAGCCUGAAGAAGUUAUAGACUUGGACAAAAUUCUGGAAAAAGAUAGGCCAAAAGGCAAGGUGAAGAAGGGAAAUGGAAAUCAAAGUUCAAAAGUUUCUGCUGCAAUUAAUGAGUUGCAUCAAUCAGUGGAAAGGGAGAAAACCAUGAAGCAAAAGAAGCUAAGAGGGGAUGGGAGUGAAACCUCGAGAGUAGUUGAAAUUAUUCCUUCUAAAGUUGAUGGGAAGAGGAAGAAACGUAGCAUUAAGAAUGCCAAUGAAGUUAUAAACUUGGACAAAGUUCUGGAAUAUCAUGCACGAAAAGGCAACCUGAAGAGAAGAGGAAGCCAAAGUUCAAGAUCUUUUGGAACAACCAUUAGGAGCCAUCAAGUAAAAGCAACAGAGAAAAGCAGGAAGCAAAAGAAGCUAGAAGGGGAUGAGAGUGAAACAUCAGAAGAAGUUGAAAUUCUAUCCUUUAAAACUGGUGGAAAGAAGAAAUAUAGAACCCAGAAUGAGAAUCUAGUUAGUAUGUCAGAGAAUUGUGAAAUGAUUGCUGAGAGAGACUCAGAGGGAUCUAAGGAUACAGUUGAAGAUUGGCAAUGUAGUCAUACAAAGGGGAAGCCUAAAAGGGACAGAGAUGAAAUGGGCAUAGGUAGCAGCUCAAAUCAAUUUUACCCUUUUGGAUCAGGUGGAAAAAGGAAGCAAGGUGCUCCAAGUAAGAAUCAUGUCCCAUUGGAGCCUAAAUCAAAAGGGAAAAAGGCUGGUAUUAUGAAGAGGACAACAAGUAAAGGAAAAUCCUAUGCCAUGUAUUUUCAAUCAAACAGGCGAGAGGUGACACCGGAGGAGAAAAUAAGACCCUAUAAACUGGCCGCUCGGCAUUUAUCUUGCAGACCCUCAUUUGUUGUGGUUAUGAAGCCUACCCAUGUUUGCAAGUAUUUUGCACUGACUCUCCCUAGAGAAUGGGCAGCAGAGCAUAUCCCUGAUGGUGUUCAGAGAGUUGAGCUGAGAGUCCCUCCUAGUAAAGAGAAAUGGCCUGUAAGGCUCAAAUACAACAAGCAGAAAUGUGCUUUCACAAGAGGAUGGGCCAACUUUGUCUGGGAUAACAAUUUGGAAGAACAUGAUGCUUGUGUCUUUGAGCUCGCUCACUCAAGGAAAUCGAAUAUGGAAGGCGUUGUCUUUGAUGUUAUCAUCUUUCGAGUUUUAGAUGAGAUAGUUCCCUUGACCCGGAUGGUCGGAUCUCCAACACCUAGUAAGCCUUGAAAUUGCAAAACAUUGCUGCUUACGUUCACCAUGUUAUACGGUUGCUUUUAUAUCUUUUCAUGAUUAAGAUUUCGUGUCUUUUGCAAUUAUAUCAUAUGAUUAUUGUGGUUAGUUUUUGGUCUAGGGAUAGAGUUACCUAUGCUCUUUGUCAUAGGUUUAGGAUUCAAUCCCUAAUCUUUAGGUACCAA